AUGAACAAAAGACAGAUACUUGUAAAAAAUGUUAAAGACAAAGAUUUCAAUGUUAUAAAAAACAACCAAAAAUGGAUGAACGAAUGCAAAGAAGAUAAUUAUCUCAGUAGACCACAAAGUGUACAACUUUGUUGUUGGGAUAUCAGAUUCAUUAUUCAUCAAUCAUCAUUGUACAGUUGCGAACUCGAGAGACUGUCUUGA